AUGAGUUAUGCUUCAAAGAACAACCUCAUCAUCUCCUUGCUUAUUCUGGCAUUUUACAUUGUUCAAACACAACAUGCAAAUGCUUUAUUUGAGAAAUAUAAAGUUGUUAUCCGCAGUGGCUUCAAUCCAGAAGGGCCUGGUGAUUUAACCAUUAAUUGUUUCUCCGGAGAUGAUUUUUUCGGAGAUCACAUUCUCAAAAGUGGACAAGAGUUUUACUGGAAUUUCAGGAUGUAUUUUCUUGAUCUUACUGAGUAUCGUUGUGACUUUACAUAUAAUCAUCAUCUGGUAAGGAAAUUUAAAGUUUUCGACAGUGGUAUAGCCCAGCUUCUCGAUUGGCCAAAAAUUCAGGGCAGGUAUGUAGUAUUUUGGUACGUGAAAGAGGAUGGGUUUUACCACGGGGAUGACUAUCCCAGUCUUGCACGAGAACAUUUACUCUUUAGUACCCCCGAAAGAUGGACGACUAACACUAACACCACGGGAUAG